AUGAACCAGACAGAACAAUACACACCCAUUGAGGUGGAUCUGCUGGUCAACCAUGUUUUCGGUUUAGCCAAAGCAUUGCAGGGCGCUAAAUCAGAACAUAUAAUUUAUUUCAAUAAUGAUGAUUCAAAGGCUGUUUUACAUGAAUUUGUAUCAGAUACUCUACCAUGCUCACUUGCAUUGCUAAAUAAUGGUGAUUCAUGGAAAAUUUCAAGAAAUUUAAGUGAUUUAGAUCAAUUGUCUUCACUCAUUGUUAUAAUAAAAGAUAUUGGUGCCAUUGUACAAGAGAAAAGAUUAGAAGAACAAAUUCAAGUCAUAAAUUUACCAAAUACAAAAGCUUCAUUCGAUAAAUUGAGAUCAUUGGUGAGCUUUGGUGUUGGUCCAUAUUUUGAUGCAAUCACUGCAGCAUCAAAGAGUGAAACUGUGUUCUCCACAAAAAAGAAGAUUAGUGAGUUAGUUUUAUCACUUAAAAAUUUAGACCAAGCUAUUCAAAUACCUGAUUUAUCAGUUACUCUACAUCCAGUUAUACGUAAUGCUAUUGCUAAUGGUGCAAACUUGGACAACUAUACUGAACAUAUAGAUAAUGAAACUUUGAAUGAUCCUUCAUUUUUGAACAAUAUACAAACAAUUGUCAAUGAAUGGGUGAAAACCAUACAGGAUGUUACUAAGAUGGAGAAGGCCGUACUAGAAGGAUCAGCAGCUGAUGAGAUUAAUUUUUGGAGAUCAAUGGAAAGUUCUUUAGAAGCCAUCCAAGAACAAUUGGAUUCUCAAGGGGUCCAAUUAUCAUUAGAGGUUUUGAAGUAUGCUAAAAGAUACCAUGCUACUGUUAGUUUUUUUUCAGAUAUUGAAAUAAAAGAAGCUACAGCAAGAGCAGCUGAUUAUAACAAAUUGAUGAAAGACAUUCCUCUAAAUGAACUACUUGUGGCAGAAGAUUUGGAUAAAGUUGAAGAAGCGUUGGUGUUAAUUUUGUCACAUUUGAAAAAGAUUAAACUUACAUCAUACCCCGUUAGCAGAGCAUUACCUUUCGUUGAAGCCAUCUCGUCAGAUUUGGAAACAAAAUUGAAGCCAAUGCUUUCGACAAUAAUGUCUAAAGACUUUUCAGAAUUUACAAAUGCAAUUACCAAACUAAAAUCACUUUAUGAUACUUGGGAAAGACACACUAAAGAGUUCACAAAUAUAGCUAGAGAACUGUUGAGAAAGAGAGGUGAGAAAUUUUUGGUUGUAAAGAUAAACUCCAAAACUACCCAGUUGAAAGAAUAUACAGAAGAGAUAGAGUCAUUCAGAAUCAGUCAUAACGAACUUCUACGCACUUUACAGAAUGAUAUCAUUGAUGAAACCGCUCUUGACUUUGCUUACGAUGCUGUGAAAGAUGUUGAUGUUUUCUCUAAUCACCAAAGCUGGAAAGAUGCUAAAAAGAUUUAUGAGAAGAGAAUUCACGAUAUUGAAAAUGAUAUUGUUGAUACCAUGAGAAACUCAUUAGACAAAGCCAGAAACUCCAAUGAAAUGUUCCAAGUAUUUGAGACUUAUAGAAACCUUGUUACUAGACAAAGAAUACGAGGUGCUACACAAGAAUACCAAUCUCAGUUAUUAAGUAUUGUCAAAGAUGAAAUUAGUCAACUUCAAGAUGCAUUUACGAAGAAAGCUGACGAAAAGUAUCUCACAAAACUUCAUGACUACCCAUCUGUUGCAUUCACUUUACUUUGGGCUAAACAAGUUGAAAAUAAAUUAGCAUUUUUGACUGAUAGACUAGAGUUAAUCUUAGGAAAAGACUGGAGCUUAUUUGCUGAAGGUCAAAAGAUUUUCGCUGAAGUCUCAGCAUUGAAAAAAAAGUUGAAUACAAAACCUAUAUUUGAUAACUGGUUGAGUACUGUUAGUGAAAGUGAACUUAAAGGUAAUGUUUUUAAGCUCAUAAAGGAAAAGGAUAUAAAGUUACAGGUUACAUUUGAUGAAGGAUUUAUUCAACUUUUCAAAGAAGUUCGUGCUUUAAGCUGGCAAGGUUUUCAAGUACCCCACAAAGUGGUACUUUCAUCUAGACACAUAAAAAAACUUUAUCCACAUGCUGUAACAUUGGCCGAAUCAGUUGAAAUAUUCCCUUUGGUGCUAUCAUCUAUAGAAUCGCUUCAAGAUUUCAAAAUUCUUGUAUGGUCUGAUAAAGAGAGGAUAUACCAUUUAUUGGAAAAGUGCUUGGAUAUUAGCUGGGAAACACUUUCUAGAGCUCAUGAUUUGAAAAAUAUUGAAAUUGAAACUUCUGAACAUCUAGAAGAGCAGGCUGUCAUUGAGCUUGAACAUUUGAUUUUUGAUUUGCAAAAUAAGCUUGAGACUCUUUCUGAGUAUAGAUCUCGUUUGAAUCAGCAGAUCGAACUUUUAAGAACAUGUGAAUAUAAGUCAUCUGAAUUUGCAGCUGUUAUUUCUGGUAUACAAGACUUGGUUGAUACAAUUACUUUUGAAGGUUUUGGAAAUGUCAACGAUUUCACCAAAAAAUUGAAUUUCAUCAUAAGAAAAACAUUGGUGGAUCGUCUAUUAUCGGAGGAUCUUUUUAAACUUAAACUGAAUCAUGACAUCGUUAUUGAAUCAUACGUCUCAGUAUCUCCACCAUUAGAGUCCACCAAAACAGAACUAUUUUCAGCUUUUCAAGACAAGGUAAAAGCCAUAACCAAUCAAUCAAAAAUUACAGUGCGUGAUAUCGAAGGUAGUGAGAUUCAGGAAUCACUUUUCAACCUUGAAGAACUAACAGAUCUUUAUAAACUUUCAGAAAAGUUCAUCGUCGAUGUCGAAGAACAGUACAAAGGUGCAAGAGCUUUUGUGGAUUUAUGGUCCCAAUUCGAGGCUUUAUGGAGCUUCCAAUCCAACGAAAUAUACCAGAAUUUAGAGUUAGAUGACUGGUUUGAAGUGUUGAAUGAAGUUAAAAAUUCUAGACAGACAUUUGAAACAAAUGAAACUCAGAAAACAUUCGGUGUGUUUAUUGUGCAGUAUGGCUUGGCUAGAGAAAAAGUUAGAUCCAGUUUUGCAUCUUGGAAUAAGGUGCUUUUCCAAAAUUUUGCUACGUUUUUAAUGGAACUGAUUAAGGAUUCACAUGAUUCAAUCGUAAAAGCAAAAACAUACAUGGAAACAAAAUCAGUCAAUUUUUCGUCAGUCGAGGAAACCGUUUUGAUUGUCACCAAAGUCCAAGAAUACAAAACUUUACUUACAGAGACUGGUGAACUAAAAAGUAAGUUACAACUUGGUCAAAGUACACUUUUCAGACAAAGAUUCAAAUUCCCACAUGAUUUUGUUUAUGUUGAACAGAUUGAAAAUGAUUUUGAAGCAUUAUCAGAGCUUGUCGAUGAUUUAUCUAAAGCUAUAAAUUCCCAAAUGGACGUCAUUGUGAAGAAUAUUCAGUCUGAAUCACAAUCUCUAGAGAACUCUAUCACUCAAGCACAAUCAAACUGGGAUCAACUAAGACCUCAAUUAGAUGCUAGUGACCCAAAAAGUGCAUUAGAAUCAUUAUUGUCAUUUGAAAAGAGAGCAGCGGAUUUAAAUUCAAGAGUUAAACUUGUUACACAAGCAGCAUCAUUGUUAUCAAUCCCGAUCAAGCUAGCAUCAAAUUUGACUAUUACAUUAGAUGAAAUCAAUGAUAUCAAGUCAGUUUGGAUUUCAAUCCAAGGUCUAUGGAACAAUCUUGAAGAGUUAAAGAACCAAAGAUGGAAUGAUGUUAAACCUCGCCAAUUAAGAAAGGAACUGGAAACUCUUUUGACUUCUACAAGAUCUAUGCCAGUGAGAGUUCGUCAACACAAACCUUUUCAAGCAUUUUUGAAAGUUAUAUCUGAUUUUUCAAGCUCUCAACAAUAUAUUAUCAGUUUAAAAGAAGACCACGUUAAAGAACGUCAUAUAAAAUCGUUAUUCAAGAGUCUUAAUAAGUCAUAUAGAAGCAACUUAACUAUUGGUGAUAUAUGGGAUUUAAGUUUGGUGCUAAAUGUUGGCUUGGUUAACUCAAUUUUAGAGCAAGCUAGUUCAGAAAAAGUAUUGGAAGAUACACUACAAAGUAUAAGAGACUACUGGGACAAGGCUACAUUUGAGUUGUUUGACUUUCAUGGUAACUCGCUUGUGAGAAAUCUAGCUCCAUUACUUGAUCAAGCUUUCUCUGAUUCACAAAGCUUACAAUCAAUGAGAAAUUCACCAUUUUACCGUGUUUUUGAAGAAGAUGCAUCACAAUGGGAAUCCAAAUUGAGCAGUUUACAUCUGUUGAUUGAUCUUUGGGUUGAACUACAACGUCAGUGGAUAGAUUUGGAUGGUAUUUUUGACUCAAAGUCUGGUAUAAGGAAGCUUUUACAGAACGAAGCUUCUAGAUUUCAAAUGGUUUCCAACGAAUUUAUGAAUAUUCUGAAAAAGUCCUUCAAACAGAACUUAGCCAUCGAAGUAUUAACAAUAACAGAUAUUUACGGUAUUUUCACACGAUUAUCAGAAUCCUUAACCAGAAUUGUGAAAGCAUUGAGUGAGUUCUUAGAGAAACAAAGAGAUUUGUUUCCUAGAUUCUAUUUUAUUGGUAAUGAAGAUUUACUUGAAAUUAUAGGUAAUAUGGGUGACUUCAAAAGAAUCUCAAAGCAUUUGAAAAAAAUGUUUGCUGGUGUCUUUGAUUUGGUGAUUAAUACUGAAAACUCAUCAAUAACACAUAUUAAGUCUAUAGAAGGAGAAACUGUUGAAUUAAUUGACCCCAUCUCUUAUGAAAAGUAUAAUAGAGUUGACGAAUGGCUUACACAACUAGAUUUUGAGAUCAAACACACUCUUUCCACUCUUCUUGAGAGAUCAAUCAGUGAUUUUAAGUCACUUUCAUUCCCCGACUGGUGCGCCAAGUACCCAUUACAAGUUACUUUAUUAACCCUUCAAGUUACAUGGACAGAAUCCGUUGAGAACUCAUUGAAAGAUGGUAUGAUUGAACAAUAUGCAAAAGACUUGGAUCAAUUGUUAGGGGAUUUGUCACAUCUUGAAUCCGAUAGAAAAUUCAGAGAAGCUUUAAUUAUCGAGGUAAUUCACCAAAAGAAUGUGGUCGAGGAGCUUCGUCAGCUUUCAGUAAAACAUUUGAACAACUUUGCAUGGAACUGCAAACAAAGGUUUUACUAUGAUGCAACAUUAUCUGAUAAGAUAGAUAGAUUGGAGAUCAGACAGGCAUCAUCAAAGUUUACUUAUGGAUUUGAAUACUAUGGUAUUAUGGAACGUCUUGUGUCAACACCAUUGAUGGAUAAUUGCUUUUUGGCAAUGACAAGUGCAUUGGAUCAAGGUCUUGGUGGUUCGCCAUUUGGUCCUGCUGGUACAGGUAAAACAGAAACCAUUAAAGCUCUUGGUCAAAAUUUAGGUAAGAUGGUGUUGGUCUUUAAUUGUGAUGAUUCAUUUGACUUCCAAGCUAUGGGAAGGUUAUUGUUGGGUAUUUGUCAAGUUGGUGCUUGGGGUUGUUUUGAUGAGUUUAAUAGAUUGGAUAAGAACAUUUUAAGUGCUGUAUCUUCUCAAGUUGAACAAAUUGAACUAGCUUUAAAAUUCAAAAAUGAAAGUGUUACACUUCUCAAUAGAGCUACAAGUAUUAAACAUGACACUGGUCUAUUCAUCACUAUGAAUCCAACUUAUUCAGGAAGAGCAACCUUACCAGAUAACUUGAAGAAAUUAUUCAGAAGCUUUUCAAUGAAGUCACCUGAUAGUGUCAUUAUAGGUGAAGUGUUAUUAACCUCCCAAGGAUUCCACACAGCUCGAGACCUUUCAAAUAAGGUUGUUUCAUUCUUUGGUAAACUUUCUGAAAUAUGCACUAGACAACCACAUUAUGAUUUUGGAUUACGUGCUUUGAAAAGCGUGUUAGCAAAUGCAGGUAAAAUCCAUUUAUCUGGAAAGCUGAAGCACAAUGAAGAUGAAGAAAGAUUGUCUGUGAUGAGAAGCUUAAAUGAGAUGGUGAGCCCACGUCUUUUAGAUGUUGAUAUAGAAAAAUUUGGGGAAACUCAAAAAGAAUUUUUUGGUGAUCAUAAUCUUAUAACAGAUGAGCUAGAGCUAGUCGAUACAGCCAAAGAGCAUGCCAAACAAAAUGGUCUUGAUUCCCGCGAUAGAUGGUUAACUAAGUUAGUUCAAUUAUUCAAGGUUCAAGAAAAUCAACAAGGUAUAAUGAUCAUUGGAAAAUCAGGAGGCGGUAAAACUACAUUAUGGUCAUCAUUGCUAAAAACAUUAGCGCUGCUUGAUAACAAAGAACCUUUGUCAUUCAUUAUAGAUCCAAAAGUCUUAUCCAAACAUGAAUUGUUUGGUCAAUUAGAUCCGGUAACAAGAGAAUGGAAUGAUGGGUUAUUUACAUCCAUUUUGAGAAAAGUUGUUGAAAACCUACGUGGGGAACUCGAUAGGAGAGUCUGGAUCAUAUUUGAUGGUGAUGUUGACCCGGUAUGGGUGGAAAGUUUGAAUAGUGUUUUAGAUGAUAACAAAUUAUUGACUUUACCAAAUGGGGAAAGAAUUCAAAUACCAAAAAAUGUCAGAUUUAUCUUUGAAGUUGAUAACUUAAACCAUGCCACCCCUGCAACAGUGAGUAGAUGUGGAAUGGUCUGGCUUGAACAGACGCUAGUUUCGCUGGAUGUGAUAUUGAAUCAUGAGAUUUGGAAAUUAUCCAAUCAGCCAUUAUCUGGAUUGGAAGAUCUCCAUUCAGACAUACUUUUGCACCAUCAACAACGUUAUUCUAAAAUAGCAGGGCCAAUAUUACACAGCAAUUCUUUGAAAAUCGCACAAUACAGCAAAGAGCAGUUAAAUCAUUCAAUGGAAGUCGAGUCAUCAUCAUUAACUAAGCAGAUGUUUAUAUUUAUGAAAGUAUUUUUGAGAAAAUUCUUUGAAAGUGAAUUAUUUGAAUCAAGCUCUGAACUCAAUGAUCUCUAUAUCAAACGGUCCUUAUUGCUAUCUAUCAUUUGGGCUUAUAGUGGAAGCUGCUCUGUCGGUGAAAGAAGUAAAUUUUCAAAAUUUCUCGGUGACAUUAAAGAAUUUAGUGAGAUCCGUCCUGGAGAUGAAAGUUUCGAUAUAUUUGAUUAUGAUGUAACUGUUGAUGGUGAAUGGAUAAAUGUUGCAGAUUUUGUUGAAAAGACUUACCUUGGUCCUGAAGCCGUCAUUGAUCCAAGCACCGUUGUGCAAACUGUUGAUACAAUUAGACAUGAAAAUGUUAUACACUCAAUUUUGCGUGAGAAACAGUCCUUGAUAUUAUGUGGUCCACCAGGAUCCGGUAAAACUAUGACGUUGUAUGCUGCUCUUUCAAGAUCAUCUGACAUUGAUGUGUCCAAUUUGAACUUCUCUAAGGAGACCACGCCCCAUGUCCUUCUUAAAGCCAUGGAACAGCUUUGUGAGUAUCAUAAAACAGUUGAGGGGUUAAUAAUGAGACCAAAAGUUACUGGUAAGAGGGUUGUGUUCUUCUGUGACGAAAUAAAUUUACCUAGGGUAGAUGACUAUGGUACUCAGAGUGUCAUUUCUUUCAUUCGUCAGUUGAUAGAGAAAAAUGGGUUUUGGCGCGCAUCAGAUAAACAAUGGGUAUCGCUAUUCAAUAUUCAAUUUGUGGGUGCAUGUAAUCCUCCUACGGAUGCUGGUAGGUUAAAACUUUCACCAAGAGCAUUGUCACACUUUUCGUUGAUCAUGGUUGACUAUCCUGGUUUUAAAUCUUUAACUCAAAUAUAUGAAACCUUCAGUAAUGCGGUUUUGAAAAAGGUUCCACAACUCACUGGAUUUGCCCAAGAUUUAACAUUUGCAAUGCUUGAUGUCUACAAUGAGUCUGUCAAAAAUUUCACCUCAGAUAAACAGCUUCAUUACAUAUACAGUCCUCGUGAACUAACAAGAUGGAUAAGAGGUAUAUAUCAUGCUGCAAAUUCAUUAGAUCAAUUCAAGCUAGAAGACCUUGUCAGAAUUUGGGCACAUGAAGGUACAAGACUUUUUAGUGACAGAUUAGUGAACGAGACAGAGAGAGUUUUUACGGCAGCUUUGAUAGAUUCUGUUGCAUUUAAAAGAUUUCCUGGUAUAAAUCAUCAAGAAGUUUUACAAAGACCUCUUCUAUACAGCAAUUGGCUAACAAUUGAUUAUGAACCCGUUGAUAAAGAAGAGAUCAGCUUUUUUAUCAUCGAAAGACUUAAGGUAUUUUCAGAUGAGGUUAUGGAUAUUGACUUCGUUCUUUAUGAUGAUGCAGUAGACCACAUUUUGAGAAUUGAUCGUGUUUUGAAGCAGCCACAAGGCCAUUUGAUACUAGUGGGUCCUAGUAACACUGGUAAAUCAAGUUUAACCAAAUUUGUUUCUUGGAUUAAUGGGUUCAAGGUCGUUCAAUUAGGUGUAAGCAGGAAUUACACACUAGAGGAAUUCGAUCAUGUGUUGAAAGAUCUCUUAAAAAGAACGGGUGUCGAUGGGGAAUCAAUUUGUUUCAUUGUUGAUGAGUCCACCAUCCUUGAUGGUGCGUUUUUAGAAAGAAUGAAUUCUUUACUUGCAAACUCCCAAAUACAGGAGAUUUUUGAUGCAGAUGAAUUUAAUAUGCUUUUGACAUCAUGCAAAGACCGUGUGCAAUCUCGUGGCUUGUUGCUUGAUACAUCAGAUGAGUUAUUCCAAUGGUUUACACAACAAGUUGCUAAUAAUUUACAUGUUGUUUUCACUAUCAACGAUCCAACUGAUACUUCCUCACCACAAAUCAUCACUUCUCCUGCAUUAUUCAAUAGAUGUGUUCUUAACUGGAUGGGUCCUUGGUCCACACAGACUUUAUCUCAGAUAUCGUCGACUUUGCUUUUAACAAGUCCAAUUGAUAAAUCAGAUUAUGCUGCUCCUUCUGGUCCAGAAAAUGUUGGCUUGAGCGUCAAGACAUAUAGAGAUGCUAUCAUUAAUUCAUUAGUUAAUAUCCACUUGAGGUCAACAGACGCUGGAUCUUCUGGCAAAAUUUUAUCGCUUAUAAAUAACUUCAUCCGUGUUUUACGUAACAAAGAUAGUGAACUACAGCAUGGACAAAGGCAUUUGAAUUCAGGGUUGGAUAAAUUGAAGGAAACUGUUAUUAAAGUUAGGUUUUUGAAAGAGGAAUUAUCUAAAAAAGAGACGCAAUUAAAGGACAAAGAGAAAGAAGCCAGAACCAUGUUAAAUAAAAUUUUAGAAGAACAAAACGAAGCAGAGAGAAAACAAGAAGCUUCAAUAGAUCUUCAAGCUGCUCUAGAGGAACAAAAUGUCAAAUUAACAAAACAUCGUGAACGUGUCAUGGAAGAUCUUGCACUUGCAGAACCUGCUGUCUUAGAGGCUCAAAGAGGUGUUAAAAAUAUAAAGAAACAACAUUUGACAGAACUCAGGUCGAUGUCCACACCACCAGUUAUGGUUCAAAUCACUCUUGAAUCUGUUUGUAAUCUUCUUGGGUAUCACGUUUCUAGCUGGAGAGAUGUUCAGUCCAUCAUUCGUAAGGAUGAUUUCAUUUACAAUAUAGUAAACUUUGAUUGUGAAGCACAAGUGUCUAUUGAAUUGAGAAAUUUUAUGGAAGAGACUUAUUUAAGCAGAGAAGACUACAACUUCAAUUCUGCUGAUAGGGCAAGUAAAGCAUGUGGACCCCUUUUACAAUGGGUGGAAGCGCAAGUUAGAUAUGCAGUUGUUUUAGAUCAAGUUGGUCCAUUGAGGGAAGACAUGGCUAUAUUGGAAGAAGAAUCAAGACAAAACCAAGCCAGAUUGCUAGCUAUCGAUGAUAUGAUUACAGAGCUCCAAGAAAGCAUGGAGAAAUAUAAGGAUGACUAUAGUUAUUUGAUCAGAGACACUGAAAAAAUUAAAACUGAGAUGACUGAAGUUCAAGAAAAAGUAAAACGUUCAUUGGAAUUAGUGGAGAGCUUGUCUGAAGAACGCUCAAGAUGGGCGUCGAAGGUGAAGUCUUAUACGCAAGAAUAUUCUAAUAUCACAGGUAAUUCUAUUUUAGCAGCAGGUUUCUUGACAUAUCUAUCAGAUAAAGAUCAUUCUAAGAGAGCUCAGUUAUUGAGCAGCUGGAAACAAGUUUUAUCUCGAUGGGAAAUCGAAUUUGAUGCUGACUUGAGUUUCCUGAAUUAUUUUUCAUAUAGCUCAAAGAUUUUGGAAUGGCAAAAUCAAGGGCUCACCAAUGACGCGCUAUAUUUCGAGAAUGUUACAAUAUUAGAUCAUUCAGAUAAAAUUCCGCUCAUAAUAGAUCCUCUAGGUGAAAUUGUUGAGUUUUUGAAGCAGCAUCUUGCACCUCAAAAAUUGACCAUUACAAGCUUCUUAGAUGACUCAUUUGCUAGAACACUAGAAAAUACUAUGAGAUUUGGUGGGAACAUUCUAGUUCAAGAUGCUGAAUACUUUGAUCCUAUCAUAUCCAGAUUAUUAAACAGAGACUUUGAGAAAGUGGGUGGUAGAGUACUUGUGAAAGUGGGUAAUAGGGACCUUGAUUUAUCACCCAACUUCAAAAUCUUCCUUCAUACUAGAGAUCCAAGUGUUCAAAUAUCAUCAUAUGUCAGAGCAAGAGCAAUGAUUAUAGACUACACAUUAACAGAGAGUAGUAUAGAGAAUCAAGUGGUUAACAUGGCAUUAUCACAUAUGAGACCAGAUGUUGAGGAACAGAGAAUUGAAUUGGUCAAGCUAGAAGGAGAAUACAAGAUCCGCUUGGCAGAUUUGGAAAAUGAACUCUUGAAUUCUUUGAGUGAAUCCAAAGGAAACUUGUUGGAUAAUGGGGACCUUGUUGAAACAUUGGAAAAAUUGAAGCUUGAGUCAAGUGAGGUCCAAAAGAAGGUUUUAGAAACAGCUGAUGUUAUGAAGAAAGUGGGAGAGAUCGCAGAGUCAUACGAACCAUUGGCAAAAACAUCAUCUACGCUAUUCACAUUAUUGAAAAGCUUUAAAUCAAUACAUCCAUUCUAUGACUUCCCAUUAACAACAUUUAUUACAUUCUUCAAAAAUGCUUUGUCUCAAGUGGGAAAAUCAAUCGAAAACGCAGCUAAAAUCUUGACUGUUGGUCUUUACAAGGAAGUUUUCAGUAAUGUUUCACUCUCUUUAUUACAUUCACACAAGGUCUUGCUCUCUUUAAUAAUUGGUUUACUUCAUGAAAGUGAAAAUGGAACUUAUGCAUUUUUCCAGGUUGUGUCUUUGUUGCUCAAGGCUAUUUCUUCAAAGGGUCCAAAUCCCGAGUUGGUAAAGCAGGCAUUGAAACUUCUAUCCAUCGAGGUUACUAAUGAGGAAAUUCAAAGAUUAUCCGGUUUAUCAGAUGCUUCUGUAUCAAGUGAAUUAGAAAAGACACAUAAUGUAAGCUUGUCCAGUUAUGCCCCAUUGUUAGACGGUAUUUUUUCAAAAGGUUCUGUUAGUAAACUUCAACAUGGAUUUGAGUCAUUAUCAGAAUUUGCAUUUACUGGUACAGGUCCAUAUUCAACAAAAUAUGGGUUAAGUGACAUUGUGGUGAAAACUACAAGUAAAGCAAUUAUUUUAUCUUCCACAAGAGGAUUCGAUGCAUCUUUCAAAGUAAGGCAUUUGGCUGAAGAUCUGAAUAAGAAAGUUACAAUGGUUGCCAUGGGGUCUCUUGAAUCCAAUGGUAUAGCAGAAGCUGAGCUAGAGAAAUGUUCGAAGAGUGGUGAUUGGUUGGUAUUACAAAACGUUCAAACAUCUUUGAAAUGGUUAGAACUUUUAGAGAAACGUAUUGAAGGUUUAGCUCAUAAUGAUGGAUUCAAACUUUUCUUAACUUGUGAUGUGAAUUCCGAUAUACCUACUACUCUAUUGAGAGCAUCAGAAGUUUUCAUUUUCGAAAAUCCACCUGGUUUAAAACCAAUAAUUGCUGAAAAUCAAAAAUUGAAUAUUGGUAAAUGGGAAUCCAGUAAGCCUAUGGAAAAGAGACAUAUAUAUUUCCUUUUGACUUGGUUCCAUGCAGUUCUUCAAGAAAAGGGUAGAUUCAUACCAAUUGGUUUGCGUAAGAAUUAUGAUUUCAAUGAUUCGGAUUUCGAAAGUGCUAGUUUCAUUAUAGAUAGGUGGUUUGAAAGCUCAUGCCAUGGAAGAGAUAACAUUGCUCCUGAGUCCAUUCAAUGGGAAGCAAUUCAAAAACUUGUUGGUGAAAUUAUUUAUGGUGGUAAAGUUGAUGAAGAUGAAGAUUUGAAAAUUUUAAAGAAAUUGUGUCAACAUAUUUUUACCUUAAAAUCAUUUGAUCAUGACUUCAACAUGAUUGAAAAUGAUGUUACAAUUGAAAGCGGUAUAAUUUUAUCACCACCUGAAGGAAGAGAAGUUGCAGAUUAUAGUUCAUGGAUUUCUAAAUUACCUGAUAUCCAACCACCAUCAUGGAUCGGAUUAGGAGAAAAUGCUGAUCAAAUCAUAAAAUCUAAAGAUCUAGAGAACAUCUCACAAAAUGCAGUCACUCUCAUUGAAAGCUUGGGUCUACUGAAAGGUUGA